AUGUUGUGUAGAUUGAGUCGACUUGGAUGUUUGAGAACUUCGAGAGUUUCAUAUUCAGCUGCGCCAAAUUAUGAAUUCAGUGAGUUUUAAACCUAACUAGGAAUAAAUUUGGGAAAAUCAUUUGAAUUUGAAAAAAUAUUUAAAAAAUAUAUAAUUUGCAGAAGACGAAAUCAAGGAGCAGCAAGAAAAAUUGGUGGCUCGACAAAAUGUGCCAAAAGGUCUAGGAAAAGUUCAGAGUUGGAAAAAACCGUGAGUUCUUAAUUUCACUUUAUUUUUCCAAAGUCAAUUAUUUUUUAUUCAGAAUUUACUAUGCUCCACAUCAACAUGUUUUCGAACAAUCGCCUGAUUUUUCUUUCAAAGAUGGUCGUGAAGUUCAUGUAACUUCGAAACAACAAUUGAAUUAUAAAUUGGAUCAAAUUCGAUUGGCUGUGAGUUUUUUAUUCAAUUGAGAUUUCACGAAUAAAAAUGUUUGCAGAAGAAAAUCGUUGAACUUUUGGAUGAAACUAAAAAUGUUGAAAAGAUUUAUGAGGAAGAGUUGGAAAAGCGAAGAAUUUUGGAGGAUUCACUAAUUCAGAAACGACCGAAAGCGAAAGGAAUCGAAAAUAUUGCAUAG